AUGAAACUGUACACGUCACUAAAAGAAGUGGGUAGGCGCCUUAUCGUAGGCAGAACGAGUAAACCGCUUUGCCGGGCUUUCACAGAAGGAAUAAAAGAUGGAGACGAUCAAAAAACGAAAAAAGGGAAAAAUAAUGCUUUUGAUAAAUGGGAAAGCAUUGACAACGAACCGUCUUUUAUUAAACUCUAUGACAUUUACCUUAAUACACAGAAUGAAAUUCCUGGUGCCGCUGCCAUUCGCUCGAUGGUAGAGAAGACCGAUGGUAUCGUCUUGAUAUACUCUAUCACGGACAGGGAAAGUUUCCGAAUGGUUUCCAAGCUGUUUUUCGUGAUACAUGAAUAUCGUGAUUGUAACAAUAUGCCUCUUGUCUUAGUAGGUAACAAAAUCGAUGAGGAAGACAACCGUAUGGUGUCCGUGACGGAAGGAAGAGAGCUGGCCUUCGAUAUUGGGGCGUCUUUCUAUGAAACUUCCGCUAAGAUGAACCUCGAAGUGGUGCAGGCCGUAUUCCAUGACGUCAUUCGCCAGGUGCGCUGCGUCCGGUCACGUCGGCGAAUGGAGGAGCAGGUCUGCGGUGGCGAGAGCAUCACGCGAAUUAAGGGACUCGUUCAUAGACUCAGUUUCAGGUCAAAAAAGAAACAGAUACAACGAAAGAUGAGCACUUAG